CACGCACACUUAUUUAAAGGUUAAUGCAUUUGUCUGUUAGUGUGUGUGGGCACAUGUUUAUCAGCUUUAAGGUCUUCAAGGGUCACACAUUAUCUCGGUAGAGUGUUUCCAUUCCAUCUUUGGUCAUCGCGGUUGGCCAGACACAGCCUAUAAGAACAUUGCACAUCCCUUGUCCGCCACUCGCCCGCCACUUGCCAACAUGGCCCCCAAGAAAGUGGAAGCCAAGAAGCCCGCAGAGGCCAAGAAGGUAGCAGAGCCCAAGAAGGAUGAGAGCGCUGCGCCGCCACCCAAAGCUCCGGAACCCGAGACCAAAGCGUGCGAGGUGGACCUGAAGAGCGUGGUGGUGGAGUUCAGUGCUGAGCAGAUGGAGGAGUUCCGCGACGCGUUCACGUUGUUUGACGAGACGCCGACGGGCGAGAUGAAAAUCACGUACGCGCAAUGUGGAGACGUGAUGCGGGCGCUUGGCCACAACCCGACCAACGACGACGUCCUGAAGCUGCUGGGCCGGCCCAAAGCCGAGGAGAUGCAUGCGAAGCUGAUCGACUUCGACUCCUUCCUGCCUAUGCUGCAGCAUGUGGCUCGUGCCAAAGACCACGGUCACUUUGAAGACUUUGUGGAGGGUCUUCGGGUGUUUGACAAGGAGGGCAACGGCACCGUCAUGGGCGCCGAGCUCCGUCACGUCCUGUCCACCCUUGGGGAGAAGAUGACAGAAGACGAGGUGGACCGGCUCAUGGCCGGGCAGGAGGACGCCAACGGGCACGUUAACUACACGGACUUCGUCAAACACAUCAUGGCCGGAUGAAGACGGGCGUCUACUUCUUCUGUUCCACGCAAUACUGUAUGCAGCACAUCCACACGUCUGUGUGCAGGUCAUCUAUUUCUCAGUGCUUCUAUGUUUGACUGUUGUGUUGAAAGAAUAAAACAUGUCAAGCCUCAAAUAAAGACACCAUUCUUCUUGG